AUGCCAGAGAACUACGACCAUCCACCUGCUUCUUCACGCCGACCUUCCCUUCCAAGUGAGGGGAGUUCUCCUAAUAUUCCACCGCUUCCACCCAGUCAUCGUCGAACACUUUGGAAUCAUCUUGUCGACCAACAUUCCCAGCGAGAGUCAGCAACCUUGGAAGGCAUUGAUUUGCCCCGACAAACUGUCGAUGAUGACUCAGAUUUGGAUACCAUACUAUCUGAAGUUCGAUUUGGCGGUUUUACCCAUCGAUUUUUGGACCAACUGCUUAAUCAAAACCAAUCAGAAGAGACACCGCGAGACAGUCAACCUCCAGCGAGGCCGAGAGACAGGUUGAUCUAUCUUCGAAACCUCAUUCACUCAGAGAGCAAUCGCACAGAUACAGAUGCCACCAUUCGUGCUUUGGAGACUCUAAACCGAGAGAUUGAAGAUCACUACAUAGAUCAAGCCCGGAUUGGGAACAUGACCUUUAUGCAAGCUCAGGCUGCCUUGGAUACACAUCGCCGCAUGUUUGGGGUCGAAAAUCCUCGAGGUUCGAGAAAUUCUUUCGUAGAACACCUUAUCCAAAACCCACCGUCUACCGUGAGCCCCGCAAACCUAGAGCCCCGUCCGCCGAGCAAUAGAACUCUCCGACGUCGUUCCUUCCGGCCGGACUUACGAGAAUCACUCCCCACGCCAUCUCUCAUGCCUCAAACUUCUCAGAGCGGUCGUGAUCGCGACCGCGACCGCGAUCGCAGACUCAAGCGACGUAAGCUGGAUGCCGAUGAUAAUCGCGAAGGCAGUCGUGGCUUUAACUAUGGUCAUCAAGGCCAAGUCGUCCCUGGAGCUUUGAAGAUGGAAAUCGCAAGCUGUGAUGGAGGGAUGUACGACCCGGAUGGCGAUUGUGCAUUCCCCGAUAACGUUUUACGAAAUGAUCAGUCGGUGUACAGCACCAAGGCCGAUCGCUGCAACCUGGUUCUACGUCACAAAGAUGAGGCACCUUUUUGCUUGAAGAAGAUUGUUAUCAAGGCUCCUCGCUCCGGAUUAGAUUUACAACUUCAAGAAGGCAUGGUGUUUGUGUCCAUGUCGUCGGACGAGGCACUUGCUCGUACUUCCCAAUAUCAAAUUCAGUAUUCCAAUCGUCGCCAUCGUCGCCAACACCAUCGCCGGAUGGGCAUGCAACCGUCUCAAGAAUACUUGACUGGCUCUCGGAAUCCUCUUCAAUCCCUUGAACGUACUGUGCUCGUGGGUCCUGAUUCUAAUCUGGCCUUGACAAACGAGGUUGCAGAACGCAGCACACAUGAUCCACAAUCUGAAUUUCGUGUCACUACCGACCACGAUGAUACUGUUGAAGAAAACUUGUUCGUGGAUCGGGAGGAAGAUAGUAUCCUUCCUUCUGUUGCUGAACUGGAAAGGGUCAAUGAGGACGAUGAUCUGCUCUCUGAUACCGACGAUGAGAGUCCAAGUGAUGACUAUGAUGAGGACAAUGCAACGAGCAGUUUUGCGAGCCGACAUCGAUUCGUAUCACCACGACGAGCGGGCAGCACGCGCCGCCAAGCCCCUCUUCCAUCUCAACGACGCCGUCCACCCCCAAGCUUUGUCGACCCCCCUCCAGCUGUCAAUCAACCCGGAUCCUCUCUGUCUACCCCUAACACCGAUGUUUUGGUACCAUAUGCUCGCUUCUUCAUUGAGCGGGACAAGAGUAUGGUCAGCAUCAAAUUUGAUCCACCCCCGUAA